GGAUGACCUUGAACAGCAUCCGGAUCCUCUUGCCUCUGUCUCCCAUGAGCAGGUGCUCAGCAGUCUGGCCUCCACCUCCAUAUGUAACUGAGUAUGAACUUUGAAGUCCUGAUCUUCUCGCCGCUACCUCCCAAGUGCUCUUCUGAAGCAUAGCCUGGCCUUGAACACAAGAUCUUGCUUCACUAGCCUUCUGAGUGCUGGGAUAAUGUUACACUCUGCACUGCUUGGUCCCGGAAACCUGACUGGAGUGAUGAGAAAAUGAAGAAAGGACAGACAUACAGACAUGUGUACAGAAAAGUUGGGAUCUGUGACUCCAUCUCCAGCUAAACAUCGGGCCAAGAUGGAUGAUAUCGUGGUAGUAGCUCAAGGCUCCCAGGCCUCAAGGAAUGUUAGCAAUGAUCCUGAUGUCAUCAAGCUUCAAGAGAUUCCAACUUUCCAGCCCCUUUUAAAAGGGCUCUUGAGUGGACAGACAUCCCCAACAAACGCCAAACUGGAGAAGCUAGACUCUCAGCAGGUGUUGCAGCUCUGCCUCCGGUACCAGGGCCACCUGCACCAGUGCGCAGAGGCAGUUGCUUUUGAUCAGAAUGCUCUAGUCAAGCGAAUCAAAGAGAUGGAUCUGUCCGUGGAAACCCUCUUUUGCUUCAUGCAGGAGCGCCAGAAAAGAUAUGCCAAGUAUGCAGAGCAGAUCCAGAAGGUGAAUGAGAUGUCGGCCAUCCUCCGCCGCAUCCAGAUGGGUAUUGACCAGACAGUGCCACUGAUGGAGAGGCUCAACAGCAUGCUGCCAGAGGCUGAGCGUCUGGAGCCCUUCAGCAUGCGGCCCGAGAGGGAGCGGCUCUAGCAGGCACCUGCCUCCCGGGCGCAGCUCCAGCCUCCGCCUGGGCCCAGAUGUUUGCCUAGAUGUGUUUGACUGGCACGGAUUUCCUCGCAUAAUUGGUUUUGAUAACUGAAGUUGGGACAGUUGACUUUCCAGGAAUUCUUGUAAAAACUUUGCAUCGAGAGUUAUCUUUAUUUUGCUCAGAUUUUUUGAAUUAAAAGUGUAUAUAGUCUAGCUACUGCAAUGGAACUAUGGGGGAAAUGUUAGCUACUGCAUUGAAACUGUGGGGGAAAUGUUAGGAAACUGUGUUCUCCUUGGCACCUUGUGAGACUUUACUCAGGCUCUCUCAGUUGUGGUUGUAAAUAUAAGAUCUGACUGAGUCCAGUUACUGUUUCCAACCAACAGCAACCAUCACACCAAGGAGGCAUCGGCCCUGUCCUCCUGCCCUGCCAGAACACUGCCUCUUUGUUUUUCAGGUACUGUGCCCCCUUUGCGGGUCACUGGAAACGGCAGACUCCCUUCAGCCGCUCAUGAAGUUGUUGCCCAUUGUUAACUGCUUCCCAUGCAGAGUUCAGAGUCCAGGCUUCUCUCAACUGAGCAGGCCUCGGCUUCACAAGGUUUGCACCAGCUUUGCUCCCCCCCUCCAGUGGUGGUCAUUCUCUCGUUCCAGAGAUCCACUGAGUUUCUUUGUUGGUGUGCCAGGGACACUAAAGGGGCCACAUAGCCUCUGCCCUCCACUGAUGUUUUUGGGUCAUGAAGCUGGGGAAAGAGCAUCUGUUCAUCACAGGUGUGUAGCGCUCUGCUUUAUUUGGGGUUCCCUAAAGCCUCUCCCUUCCAACCCCCAACCUAGGAAGGAGAGGGAAGGUUAGUGGGGAGAGGGCACACAGACCCUUUACUUCUCCCGGCUGUUUAGGGUCGAUGGCUUCUUUUAGGGCUAUACCAAUUCUGCAUCAACAGCAAAAGCAACCAGCAGUUGCCUCCAAGCUGCUGUGCCACAAAGCAUCUCUGGUCUCUCCAAACUGCCACUCAACACAUGCCACCCUUUCUCUCUGAGGGCUCUCCUAUUUCUAACCCUUGGAGUCCUAGACCACGCCCCUCUCAGUGCAGCACAAGGCAGGGCGUUACCAGCUGGCAAUGAUCAGCAGUGGACAAAUUAAAGUCCCACACUUGGGAUUAAAACAAAAACAUAUUUCCAUUACAUAACUUGAGUUUUUAAAGAAACCAAAACUUCCAUCACACAGGUGUGCUGAGGAAGAAAGGCCUGAGGAAGGGAGGGAUGGGAUGAAUGCAGGGGACAGGUCAGAAGAUAGGGGCUGGGUAUGAGGAGGUUGUCAGGGCUGGGAGCUUGCAGCUGCUACCUCAUUCCCUGUGUGUUCUGUCAGGUGUCAGAAUAGCUUCAGUGUUUUUAUAAGAUUAAAAUGAAUCUGAUUAAUUUAUUAUACAGCAGCUAAACUUGA